UGUCGUUGCCCUCCCUGCCAUCUUCAUUGGUCUCGGUGUCAGCGGCCGCUUGACCGACGCAUUCAAGGUACGUACAAAGAGAGGAAGAGACAAGCCGAUGAAGACGCGCGAGACGGGGGGUGGCAGUUCGAUAGGAUGUUGAUGCUUUGCACGUUGUUGCUAUGUGCCGCCAAUGGGCUCUUGGCAUUCCGUAUGCCGUUGGCAAAUUGCAUUGUGUUUCCCGGUGCCGACCCGUCCCGUGUUCCAUUUUACCCUCGGACUGGGAUGAUCCGGUCGAGCUCCCCUCCCGGCAGAUCUUGGCAUCUCCAUCUUGAAUCCUCUUAUAUCUCAAGGUUUACGCGUGACUUUGUCUCCGGCAUCUGAACGCUUCUGUUGUCUACGGCCACUCGUGCUUCCAAUCACAGAGGAGCUGACAAUGCCACAGAAAACCUUACCCCUGGAGCUGAACCAGGGCACUUAUCUCGGCGAGAUUCAAUCGCAGAAUAAUUCCCCGCGCCCUGUCGAAGUCUAUCGCGGAAUACCGUAUGCACAAUCGACCACGGGCCAAAACCGAUUCAGAGCUCCCCAGCCGCUAAACAGCAUAAAGUUCAACCUAAACCGCGCCCUCGCCUUCGGCCACGUCUGCCCCCAAAAUGGAGGCGGUUCCAACCAGGGGGAGGACUGUCUGAACCUGAAUAUCUACCGGCCACACUUCGGUGAUACCGCGGAGUCUGCCGCCGCCGAGAUGACUCGGCUCGGCGUUUACGGCAAGAAGCUUCCUAUCGUUAUCUACGUCCACGGUGGCGGGUUUAAUAGCGGGAGCGGAGCGGAGAGGAAUAUGGCGAGUUUCGUAGCCUGGGCUGAGGCUCCUAUCAUCGGAAUCAGCUUUAAUUACCGGGUCGGCGCCCUGGGCUUCUUGCCGAGCGGCUUGACUGCGGAGGAGGGAGCACUGAACCUCGGGCUCAAGGACCAACAAUUCCUUUUCCGAUGGGUGCAGAAGAAUGCGGAGGAUAUCGGCGGCGACCCCAACAACAUCACUUUGAUGGGGUUGAGCGCCGGCGCUCACUCGAUUGGGCAUCACCUCAUCUCAUAUUCCCCGGCAAACAAGUUGACUUCGGACCCAGUCCCUUUCCAGAAAGCGAUCCUCGAGUCUGGCGGAUCGACUGCUCGCGCUACUUUCGCCGCUACUCACCCACUCCACGAACAGCAAUUCCAAGAGUUUUUAACGGGGUGCGGGCUAGAGAAAACCUCGAGCGGUGAGCUGUUUGCACAGCUCCGUGCCCUCCCUCUAAGUACGAUUGUGGCAGCGUCAAACUCUGUCUGGGGACGCUGGACUUCGACCUUGCGUUGGCCCUUCCAACCUGUCAUCGACGGGCCUGGUGGGGUGAUACCUGAUCUACCACUGAGGUCGUGGGAGAAAGGAAAUGCUCUACGCAUACCUAUAUUGACGGGCUUCAACACGAACGAAGGCGCCACCUUCGUCCCGACGCGAGAAAGUAACACGACAGCGUUGCGCAAUCUCAUGUCUUCCAUCGUGCCUGCGCUCAACUCCACCGAUCUCGAGUUUCUAAACACCUUGUAUCCCGACCCCUCCAGCUCCUUAGGGCAAAGGUUGUAUAUCACUAAUCCCCCUGCGGGGUUCGGGACGCAGUUUUGGAGGUUGGAUGAUGCUUACGCACACUAUGCAUACAUAUGCCCGGUGCUCCAGACGUCGCAUUUGGCCUCGACCGCCCAGCGCGCCGGUCCCGUCUACACUUAUCAAUACGCUGCCCGCUCGAACGCGCGUGGCGCUGCUGAUCACGGCGACGAGGCGAUCGUCGUCGCGCACGACAUGGGGGCUGUUGGUAGAUUUCCUGGCAUCGUCGAGAUAGCGGACGCAAUGAUUGGAUCUUGGACUCGGUUUGCAGUCACUGGAGACCCCAAUCCGGUAUCUGGUGGCAACGAUACAACAGACGUCGUCUGGCCGAAGUUCGCCAGUCCAUUUGUUAGUGACAGCACCGCCGGCACGAACGAUACUGGGCACAUCCUGCUCUUCGGCCAAGGAAACGACGAGCGUAUGGGGACGCGCGGGCGCCAGAACAAGGGCGUAGUGGCGCAGACAUCCCGCUUGUCGGACCGAGAAACAGAGCAGUGCCGCUUCUGGUUCUCCAAGGUGCCAUUAAGCGAGGGACUCGGCAACGGGACCACGAUCAUCGCGACGAAUCAAACUACGAAGGCUAGGUUAUGAGGUGCUGGUUUCCCAUGAGAUAGACAUGAGGAUUUGGGAAUAAACAAAUGUACGAAGAUGGUGUAGCCGGGCGUUCACCCAGGCAUCUGCGACUUUGGUCGCACGACGUCAGGAAGUGGUUCAGGUGACGCCGAUAUACUCGGGU